CGGGUAACCUGCGCACUGGGGCCACACUGGUGGAGAAAGGAGGAGAGGAGCGAGUUACUGGUCAGGGAGGCUGGAGGAGAGCCACACAAAGCAACCGAGAUCUCAGCGACCCGGAGACGAGAGUCCAGACACUUCAGCACAGAUUCCUCUGUGGAAGUUUUUAAAUUUUUAAAUUUUUUUUAUCGUGUGGUUCUUAUUAUUCCCAACACCAUGUCAGGCAGCACCGUGGCCGGGCUGCUGGUCGCGCUCUGUGUGGGGAGCGCGGUGCACUGCAUGCCCCAGGAGACGCACAGGAGCCGGAGACAGAGUCAGGAUCACUACCCGACCUCGGUCAACCAGGAGGGCUGCUUGGAGAACGGCCUCUUCUACGCUGUUAAUGACCAGUGGGAGCGUCAGUACCUGGGCAGCACGCUGGUCUGUACCUGUCACGGAGUCGCAGGUGUGAAAUGUAAAAGUAAACCAGAAGCCGAGGAGCGGUGCUACGAUAAGGUCAACCAACAGUACUACACCGUGGGAGAAACCUACGAGAGACCCAAGGACGGCAUGAUCUGGGACUGCACCUGCAUCGGCUCCGGCAGGGGCAAGAUCAGCUGCACCAUCGCCAAUCGCUGCCACGAAGGCGGAGCUUCAUAUAAGAUCGGCGACACCUGGAGGAGACCACAUGAAACAGGAGGAUACAUGCUGGAGUGUGUCUGUCUGGGGAACGGUAAAGGAGAGUGGACCUGCAAACCUGUGGCUGAGCGCUGCUACGACAACUCCGCGGGAACGUCCUACGUUGUCGGCGAGACUUGGGAGAAACCCUACCAGGGUUGGAUGGUGGUCGACUGUACCUGCCUGGGAGAGGGGAGUGGACGCAUCACAUGUACCUCCAGAAAUCGCUGUAACGACCAGGACACGCUGUCCUCGUACCGUAUCGGAGACACCUGGACAAAGACCGACGCCAGGGGCCACCUGCUGCAGUGUCUGUGCACAGGAAACAGCCGCGGGGAGUGGAAGUGUGAGCGACACGCCUCCCUUCACACCACCGGACUGGGCACUGGUUCCCGUGUGGUCACCAACAUCCAGCCCGCCGUCUACCAACCUGUCAGUGUGUCUGAGUCCACCCCUGAGGGACCCUGCCGCGUGGACACAGGACUGACGUACUUCGUCGGCCAGCGCUGGAUCAAGACCCAGGGGGCCAAACAGAUGGUCUGUACCUGCCUCGGCACCGGGGUCAGCUGUGAGAACUGGGACGGACCGGUUCCGGUGUACGGCGGUAACUCUGGAGGUCAGCCCUGCGUGUUUCCGUUCGUCUACAAGGGAAAGACCUACCACUCCUGUACGUCAGACGGGCGCAGCGACGGGCAGCUGUGGUGUUCCACCGCCUCGGACUUUGAAACGGACCAGAAAUAUUCCUACUGUACAGAGAAAAAUGCUGUCGUGGUGACGCGGGGCGGGAACUCCAAUGGCGCUCUGUGUCAGUUCCCUUACCUCUACAACGGUCGCAACUACACCGACUGUACGGCGGACGGACGCAGAGACGGCAUGAAGUGGUGCGGCACCACGACCAACUACGACGCAGAGCAACACUUCGGCUUCUGUCCGAUGGCCGCCCAUGAAGAGGUGUGUACGUCCAGUGAGGGGGUGAUGUACCGGGUGGGAGACCAGUGGGACAAACAACACGAGGUUCUGCACAACAUGAUGCGCUGCACCUGCGUCGGCAACGGCCGAGGAGAGUGGAACUGUGUGGCGUUCUCCCAGCUUAAAGACCAGUGUAUCGUGGACGGUCUGACCUACGACGUGAACCAGACCUUCACCAAACAACACGACGAGGGCUACAUGAUGAACUGCACCUGUUUUGGACAAGGACGUGGUCGUUGGAAGUGUGACGCGAUCGAUCAGUGCCAGGAGCCGGAGACCAGAGCGUUCUAUCAGAUCGGAGAAUCCUGGGACAAAGUCAUUCGCGGGAUCUUGUACAAGUGUUACUGCUACGGCAACGGUGUCGGAGAACUGAGCUGUGAGCCCCAGCAGUCGUACCCAGGUGGUCAGCGUCCGGUCCAGGUGGUCAUAUCAGAAUCAGGAAACCAGCCCAACUCCCAUCCCAUCCAGUGGAACGCCCCGUCAUCUGCUCACAUCACCCAGUAUGUUCUCAAAUGGAAAGUGAAAGACACCAACACCCCCUGGAAGGAGGUGAUGAUCCCCGGUCACCUGAACUCCUACACCAUCUCUGGUCUGAAGCCAGGCAUCACCUACGAGGGUCAGCUGAUAAGUGUUCUCAGGUUUGGACGGCGAGAGAUCACGCGCUUCGACUUCACCACCACCUAUGGAUCCUUGGCUACAUCUCAAGGGGAGACCACCCAGCCCCCACCGGUCAUCGACACCUCAGAGUCUGUGACUGAAAUCACCUCCAGCAGCUUCGUCGUCUCCUGGGUUUCUGCCUCCGACACCGUAUCUGGUUUCCGAGUGGAGUACGAACUCAUCGAGCAGGGGCAGGGCAGCAGCGGGCAGCCCAUGGUGCUAGACCUCCCACGAACAGCUACCUCAGUGAACCUCAAUGAGCUUCUACCUGGGAGGAAGUACAACGUCAACGUCUACGAAGUGACAGACAGCGGAAAGGACAACCUCAUUCUCACUACUUCACAAACCACGUCUCCUGAUGCACCGGCUCAGCCUGACGUGGAGGAGGUCGGGGAGAAGUCCAUCCUGAUCACCUGGGUCAAACCCGUGGCUCCCAUCACAGGCUACCCCGUCGUGUACACGCCGUCACUGGAGGGUGAAAGCAUGGAGCUCAAUCUUCCUGACACCGCGACCUCCGUGACCCUGAGUGACCUCCGACCUGGGAGCAUGUACAAUAUCAGUAUCUACGCCGUGGAGGACAGUCUGGAGAGCGAGCCGGUGUUUGUGCAGGUCAACACGGCUGGAGAUCCACUGCCAGUUGACGUGACGUCUCCGACGGACCUGCAGUUUUUUGAGGUGUCGGAUAAAAAUAUCGUUCUGACCUGGACCGGCCCGAGCAACGACGUCUCAGGUUACCGCGUCGUUGCCGUCCCAGUGGACGAGCCAGACUCCCCGCAGCAGGAGAUGACUCUGCCGGUUACUCAGAACUCUUACAUUGAACUGACACACCUACGACCAGGAACUCUGUACCGCUUCAGCGUCUACACCAUUCACAACGGAGAAGAAAGUUUACCGCUGAUGGGAGAGCAAACCACCAAGCCCGACGCUCCCACAGACAUCCACUUCACCAACGUGACCGAGGACAGUGCUGUGAUGCUCUGGUACGCCCCCCGUGCUAAGGUCACAGGUUACCGUCUCUUCCUCACCAUCGAGGGCUCCAACCCCAAACAGCUGCGUCUGCCCCCCCGCCUGACUCAGUACACGCUCCUCAACCUGAAGCCUGACACACAGUACACGGCUGUACUGCAUUCAGAGCAGGACAAUACUCUGAGUGUGGGGGAAACUGCAGUUUUCACCACCACUCCACCUAUGGGCAACGCUCCUCAGUUCAGCACUGACGUGACCGACACGUCCAUCGUCAUAUCCUGGACUCCAGUUUCUCACAUCGGAUACAAGCUGACCGUGCGUCCCAGUCAGGGUGGAGAAGCCCCCAGAGAUGUGACCUCUGACUCAGGAAGUAUUUACAUUUCCGGUCUGACGCCCGGCGUGGAGUACACCUACAGCGUGCAGCCCGUGAUCAACGGUCACACGCAGGGAACUCCCAUAACUCGCCGCGUUAUCACACCUCUGUCUCCGCCCACUGAUCUGAAACUGGAGACGAACCCUAACAACGGAGAGCUAACGGUGCAGUGGAGCGGCGGCAGUACACCCGACGUGACAGGUCACAGAGUGACGUGCACUCCCACCAACGGCCAGCAGGGCAACAGUGUGGAGGAGUUUGUGGAGGCGGGACAGAACUCAUGCACCUUGGAGAACAUCAGUCCUGGAGUGGAGUACAACGUCAGCGUUGUUGCUGUGAAGGACGACAUGGAGAGCAGCCCGGUGUCCACCAUCAUUACCCCAGAGGUCCCACCGCUGACUGACCUCAGCUUCGAGGAAGUGAGCGACACCACCAUCAGCCUCACCUGGACGCCGUUCAACACCACCGCCGUCACCGGCUACAGAAUCACAGUGGUGGCGGCCGGCGAAAGCGUUCCCAUCUUCGAGGACUUUGUGCAGCCCAGCACCGGUCAUUAUAAAGUCUACGGCCUGGAACCCGGCAUCGACUACGACAUCAGUGUGAUCACUGUGACGGACAGCGGCGAGAGUGAACCCAUCACCAUCACUCAACAGACCUCUGUUCCAGCUCCCACUGAUCUGACAUUUGGUGAGGUUGGAUCUGACACCAUUGAAGUCAAAUGGGUCUCACCCCAAGUCCCCAACUCAGCUAACAUCAACAACUACCUCGUCAGGUAUCAUCCUAUUGAUGAUGAAGAUGACAUCACAGAGACCAGCGUCGAAGGCACGGCGAACAGCGUGGUGCUCAAGAAUUUGCUUCCGAACACGGAGUAUCUGAUCAGUUUGGUGUGUGUUUACGAGCAAAGAGAAAGCUCCCCCGUUGUCGGAACACAAACAACAGCUCUGGAUUCACCAGUGAAUCUGCGUUUCUCUGAGAUUUUCACCAACUCCUUCACCAUCCACUGGUUCGCUCCUCUGAGCAAAAUCACCGGUUACCGUAUCCGUUACCAGCCGACCAAUGGUGGAAGGACUAAGGACGAGAGGCUGCCCCCCUCCAGGAACCACUUCACCCUGACAGGACUGGCCCCGGACACGGACUACGUGGUGAACAUAUUUGCUGUGAGCGGGACUCAGGAGAGUCUGCCUCUCAGUGGGAUACAGAAGACGAUCUCUGAUGCUCCCACCGACCUGGAGGUGUUGGACUCCACCCCCACCAGCAUCACCGUCCGCUGGGACGCCCCUCCUGUAACUGUGCGCUAUUAUCGCAUCACCCACGGCGAGACAGGAGGUCACAGUAACCCUAAGGAGUUCACGGUACCCGGCUCUGAAUCCACUGCUACAAUCUCUAACCUUAACCCCGGCACCAACUACACCGUGACGGUCUACGCCGUGACCGGCCGAGGAGACAGUCCCGCCUCCAGCACUCCGAUCUACGUCACACACAAAACAGGUGUGGAAUCUCCGUCAGAGAUGGAGGUGACGGACGUGAACGACAACAGCGUGACCGUGAGGUGGAGCCCUGCACAGGGACCAAUCAUGGGAUACAGGGUGACCGGGGUCCCCAAAAAUGGACAGGGCGUGUCUUUCACUGAGGUGGUGGCCCCAGACCAGACAGAGAUCACCUUCUCCGGCCUGAUGCCCACGGCGGAGUAUGUCUUGAGUGUGUAUGCACUUGGACAAGACGGAGAGAGCUCCCCUAUGGUGGUCAACGCUUUAACAAAUGUGGACCGGCCCAAAGACUUGAGCUUCUCUGAGAUCGACUCCACCUCCCUCCGUAUCUCCUGGGACAGUCCUGAAGGAAUCGUCACAUCCUACAGGGUUUUGUACUCCAACUCGGAAGAAGGCGAGAGAGAGCUCCACCCUGCCCCCCGCAGUGACGCUGAGUCUGCCGUCAUCUACGGCCUGAGUCCUGGGACCGAAUACACCGUGAAGGUCAUCGCCCUGCACGACGGUACAUCCAGCACUCCGCUGGUGGGGACGCAGGCUACAGCCAUCUCACCCCCCACCAACCUGCAGUUCUCCCAGGUCGGCCCCACCUCCUUUACGAUGCACUGGGCCGUGCCGGGUCAGGAGAACCGACUGAACGGCUUCAACGGCCUCACGGGCUUCCGUGUGGUGGUGAACCCAACCAACAAGAGUGGACCAACCAAAGAAAUCAACCUGGCCCCAGACACCACUCAGGCCCACAUAUCUGGACUCAUGGUUGCAACCAAUUAUGAAGUCCAUGUUUACGCCCUGAAGAACUCACUGACCAGCAGGCCCAUACAAGGAGAGGUCACCACUUUGGAGAACAUCAGCCCUCCUCGUCGAGUGCGCAUCUCCGACGUCAACGAUUCGUCCAUUACUUUGACCUGGCGCUCCAAGUCCGAGCCCAUCUCUGGCUUCCUGGUGGAGGCCACGCCCACCACCGCCUCCUCCUCCUCGGCCUUCAUUCGAAGGACCAUUAACCCAGAGUUACGCUCGUUCACUAUCACAGGUCUGGAGCCCGGGACUACCUAUAAGAUCAACAUGUACACGCUGAAAGGAAGCGGACGCAGCCCACCUCUCACACUCACCGCCUCCACAGCUAAACCAGUGGUCAGCCCACCCACCAACAUCCGCUUCACCUCCCUCAACCCCACCAGCAUCUCCUUCACCUGGGAGCCGUCACGCAGCCCCAGCGUCACCGGCUAUUAUGUCACCUACGAGGAAGCCGGGGGUUUACCCCGGGAAAUAACCCCCAGACCGCAUGCAGGCCAGAGCUACGCCAUUGUCAACGGUUUGAAACCAGGGACAGAGUACGUCAUCAAGAUCGUUGCUCUGCAGAACUCUUUGAGGAGCACGCCUCUAGUGGGCAAAGCCAGGACACAACCGGCCACAGACCAUCCACUCCUCGUCCCUGCGCUGCCUCAGCUUCCUGUCCCUAAUCAACCCAGCACAGACAUCCUGGACGUUCCAGAACCCUUCAAUGACAAGAUCUUCAACUCCAACCACGUGCACUUGGCUGGGACUAACGGUCAGAACCAACCCGGCCAGCAGGGGCAGCACAUUUACACAGAGUACCAGAGUCUUGGACCCAAUAACGGACUUUAUGGACCAUUCAGUGGACCUAAAGAAGGCCAGCGACCCACCCUUAGAGAACCACUCAUCUACGUCCCUGUAGCAGGGCCCGAUGGAAACAGAGUUCCACUGGUCAAGGUGAGCGACGGGCCUCUGCCGGGUCUGGCCUUUGGUUUCCCUGACAAUGAGACGGAGAUUCCUCAGGAAGCACAGACCAUCACCUCCAUCUCCUGGCAAGAGAUUCCACAAACGGCUGAGUACGAGGUCUCCUUCAAUCCCAUCACACACCAGGAGGAGAGUGGCUUCCAGAUGCGUCUUCCAGGCACAUCCCACAGCGCCACACUGAUCGGACUGACGUCUGGGGCAUCAUAUAAUGUUGUGGUGGAGGCCAUGAGGGGCGGGGCCAAGGAAAAGGUCCUGGAGGAAGUGGUUACUGUCGGCAACACCGUUCCAGGCGACAUCAACAUCAACCCCAACAGAGACGUGUGUUACGACACCUUCACACACACCUACCACGAGGUGGGCUCCGAGUGGGAGCGCAUGUCUGAGACGGGGUUCAAGCUGUGGUGCCGCUGCCUGGGCCUGGGCAGCGGUCACUUCAGGUGUGAUUCAUCCAAGUGGUGUCACGACAACGGCUACAACUAUCGUGUGGGUGAGAAGUGGGAUCGUCAGGGUGAAAACGGUCACAUGAUGAGCUGCACAUGCCUGGGAAACGGCAAAGGAGAAUUCAAAUGUGAACCUCACGAGUCAACCUGUUACGAUGAUGGGAAAAUGUUCCAGGUUGGGAACCAGUGGCAGAAAGAAUAUAUGGGCGCCGUCUGCACCUGUACCUGCUAUGGAGGACAACAGGGCUGGCGCUGUGAGAACUGCAGAAGACCAGGAACACAGACAGACGUGGAGGCUGAUCUCCUGCAGCCUGUUAAUCCAGAUGUCUUUGACCGCUACAGAGAAAAUGCUCUACGCAAACUGAACAUCCAGUGUCCCAUCGAGUGCCUGAGACCUGAGCUGCUGGCAGACGCUCACAGUCCAUCAAAGAGGAGAUAAGGAGACUGAGGGGGGCAUGGAGAGGGGGGGGCAGAGGCCCAGAGACCCCUUCUACGAGGGGCGCUUCGUACUGCUUUAAUGACAGGAAGACUUUCAAUUACAUUUGCCCCAUAAAGGUUUUCCCCACAUUGAAAUCUAAGUGCCUUAAAGAGACUUUUUUGGUAACGUCAACCUCUGUGCUGUUCAAAGACCGUUGGACAUUUUCAAAACUGUGGUUAAUUUUUCAACACAAGUCUGCCAGAGCACAAGGC